AUGGGUAAAGGAUUCAAUAACUAUAUGAGCAAGAAGUUCUUUCAUCCAGCAUCUCGAGAUAAUCUCAAAAGAGUUUGGAUGGCAGAACAGCAAGAAGAAGCAUAUAAAAAGAAGCAAGAAGAGCUCAGAGCUCAGUAUGAGAAGGAACAGAAUUUACAUGAAAAUAAACUGAUGUUAAGUAAAGAAUCAAAGGAUAAAUUGGCUUUAAACUUUAUGUAUGAGCCACCGCCAGGAACUAAGAAGGAACGAGAGAAGGAAACUGAUGAGCCUGAAUAUAAAUUUGAAUGGCAAAGGAAAUACAAUGCACCAAGAGAGAGUUAUUGUAAAGGAAAUGAAGAAAUCCGAGAUCAACCGUUUGGAAUUCAGGUCCGUAAUGUUAGAUGUAUCAAGUGCCACAAAUAUGGACAUAUUAAUACAGACAAGGAAUGUGCACUUUUCAGCAUGUCAAUGAGUGAAGCCAAAAAAUAUCAUUCAGAACAAGAAGCUCAGCAGUUAUUAGCAAAAGGUGGCUUUGAAGAGGAAUUAAAGGAAGGCAUGAAAGAGGAUGGAUUAGUGCUUAAAAGAAAUGCAUUAAGUCUAGAACAACAGCAAGUUCCGACCAGUCGACAUCAAUUGAUUCCAGAAGAAGAAGACAUUAUUCCAGAAGCUGAAUUUAUUAAAAAUCUUAGUAAGAAACAAAAAAAGGAACUACUUAAACGUCUUGAACUUAUUGAGAUGAAGCAUAAGAAAAAAUCAGAUACUUCUAAUGACGAAUCAACACAUAAAAAGAAAAAGUCGUCAAAAAAUAAGAAGAAAAAGCAUCGAGAUGAAAGUUCCAGUGACGAUGAUAGAAAGAAACACAAGAAACAUAAACGUGACAAGGAAAAAGUUACAUAUGUGCCAGUGCCUGUACCUGUAGCAGUUCCAGUCAAUUUUGAUCGCUACUCAGACAAUAAUAAUUAUAGAAGUGAAAGACGUCGAUCAAGAUCCAGAGAUCGCAAUUAUCAGCACAAAGAUGAUAAUAGAUCCAGAGAUCGAAAUUUUAAGAACAAGAAUGAACGACGCAGUCGAUCAAAGGAAGAAAGACGCAGACGAAGCAAGUCCAAGGAAUACAGGAAAAGAUAUAGCCGAUCCAGAUCAUAA